ACAAGAGAAAGAGAAAACCUUUGAGUAAAACUGCUUCAGUGCGUGAAAUCAUGUCUGCAAUGCAGAGGGGCGCAAUCUGCAAACCUCAGUUUGGACCGUGGCUCAUAGAGCAGGUGGAAAGUGGGCUGUAUGAGGGAUUGCACAUGAUCGCAGCAUCCAAUGACACAUUUCGGAUCCCUUGGAAACACAACGCACGCAGAGACCUCGGGGACGAGGAUAUUAAAAUAUUUAAGGAAUGGGCUGUGGUUAGUGGAAAGAUCAACGAACACCCUAAUGAUAAAGCGAAAUGGAAGACAAAUUUCCGCUGUGCACUUCACAGUCUGAAAAACUUCCAGAUUGUGCAUGACAACUCAAGAGAUCCAGAUGAUCCUCACAAAAUCUAUCGCAUUAUCCGCCCUCAAAAUCACCAAGAGACUCAGAGUGUAGAACCAAUUCAACAGCAGCCCAUAUUCAUUGAUGAGAUCUACAGUGCAAAAAAUUACAUGUCUCAAGAAAUGGAGCAGGACUUGCUCAACCAGAUGGAUACUAUGGAUCUAAAUCAACAUUCAGAGACCCAACAAUGGGAAACCUACUCCCAACAAAACAUACAGACCACUCCAACCAACUACUUUGACACCCUCUACUCCGGUGUGCAUUGCAUGCAGAAUAACACACCUCCUCUACUCCAGCAACCCUACACUACAGUGCACGCAGAGAACCUCCCUUCCAUCUACGACCUUGAGAUCUCAAUCAGCUACAGAAGAACGGAAGUUUUGAAAACCCGCCUGAGUUCAUCACUAGUUCAGUUUUACUACCAGUGUGACCCAUCUGAGCUAAGAGGAGCACCCAUUCGCUUCCCGAACACUGAUAGUCUAAUUGACCUCAAACAAGUCCAAUACACUAAACGCAUUCUAGAAAGUAUCCAGAGAGGUCUGCAACUGGAAAUAUGCCAGUAUGGCAUAUAUGGCUUCCGUCAGGAUAAGUGCAACGUGUUUGUCAGCACCAGCGAUCCCAACAAGAUCCAGAACCCAGAGCCCAAAAAACUGCAUCAGAACUUCAGGGAGCAACUCCUGAGCUUUGAAAAGUAUAUAAAAGAUCUAAAGGAUUUCAAAGAGAACAAAUGUGGGUCUCCAGAUUAUACCAUCUAUCUGUGCUUUGGGGAGAAACUCCCUGAUGGAAAGCCUUUGGAGAAAAAACUUAUUGUUGUCAAAGUUGUACCUCUGAUAUGCCGUGAACUUCACGAAAGAGCUCAAAUGGAGGGAGCGUCUUCUCUUCUAAAUGACAACGUUAGCUUGCAAAUCUCCCACAACAGCCUUUUUGACCUUAUAAAUUCUUUGGGUCUGCCUUCAAUGGACUAAAUCAGCUAGUCAUUUGACAUUCCUUUUCUAUCUUUAGAUAUAUAUAAACACAUUCAUGUUGUUACUGAACUUUCCAUUGGUAAUUUACAUGGGGCAUUCUUAGGUGAUUUCGUAGGGGCUUGUUCGUUUUGUAUUUUGCAAGGUCUGGUUCAUUCUGCUGUGUAAUGUUAUUUGAACUUUAUGAAGCUAUAUUGUUCAAAUUAGCAUAAAUGUAGUGUGUUAAUUACAUUUUUCUAAUGAGGGCUGAGACCUCAUUUUCAUAUCCUGUCUUCUAGUGAAGAGUCUUUUACACUUCGCCCAAAGGGCUGCAUUUUUAUUGCUUCUAGUCUAUAGCCUCCUCUAUGAAUGAGAUGUCUAAUAAGUUUGGUGUCAUAUUAAGACAUUAAAUUAGCUUAUUUUAAAACUAGUGGGUGACUGAUAAGGUUUUUUUUUUUUAUUGGCUGACACCGAUGUAUGAUACUCUUCAAAAGCGUGCAAAAAAACGUGAACAUAUCACUCCAAUUCUAGCUUCUCUUCAUUGGCUUGUGGUCUUUUUUAGAAUUCAAUUCAAGAUUUUGCUGAUUGUUUAUAAAGCUCUUAAUCGACAAGCCCCAUCUUAUAUUUCUUUCCUUAUUUAUUUGCAUUCAUCUAAGUCUCUCGGAUCUGCCAAUAAGGCUCUCCUUUAUGUCCCACAGUCACGUCUUAAAUUUGCAGUUGCUGCUCCACACUUAUGGAAUCAAUUGCCACCUGACAAUAAGUGUGCUCCUUCAAUCUCUAUCCUUAAAUCUAGACUUAAGACACAUUUUUGCUCUUUGGCCUUCCCUGGCUAUUAACUUAUUUAGUAAUUGUUAUCUUUUAUUGUAUUUUAUAAUUGUUUUUGUACAGCACUUUUGUCAGUGUAUGCUGAAUUUAAAUGUGCUUUAUAAAUAAAAUGUACUUACUCUAGGUAGUAGAAACAAAAUCGGAUGAUCAGAUAAAUAAAAAAAAAUGAUAUUGAUAUUUAAAGUUUUAAUCAUUUAAUUUAGUUAAAGAUUACACAAUUCCAUUCCAUUUGACAGAUUUGUUUUGAAAUUAAUCUUACAAAUAAUUUUUUUUUUUUUUGUGUGUGUAUCAGCACAUCAGUUGAAUUGUAAAACUAUCAUACCACUUUAAAAAAAACAUGCCGAAAUGAAAUGUAUGUUUUUAUCAAAUAAAGUAUUUAAUAAAAUUAUUUACAAACAGCAAAGUGGAUCCUCCAAUUCACAUCAAACAUUAUGCAUGAUACAUUUGAUGCCAUCAGUUUCACACAGGACAAAUUUCUCUUUCCUGUCAAAGAAAAACCAUUAAUCUGGUGCAAUAUGUCACAGGAAAACAGGCAACGCAUUUUGUACGCCCCCGUGUGAGAUGCACCCAUAGUUAAACAAGUCAAAAAUUACAAUCCACUUUUCAAACAUUUUUAAAUGUCAUAAUUAGUGGAAAACCUUCUGAAUUACACUUUUCAACCAGCAUUUUUUAUCUUUAGCUUUUCUUAUGUUUCAUUAAAUCAUUAGUAAGGCAUAAAAGGAAAAAAAAAGUUAUACAUUUAAGAAGCAUCUCCAUUUAAGGCAAACCAUAAAAAGUCAAGGGGUUUGCUGUUCAGGAGGCCACAAUAAAUGUCUCUGCCCAUUUUGAUGGUUCAUUUUUAUUUUUAGGUGUUCAUAUACGUGUCUGAAUUCACAAAGUUUCCAAAAACAAAACAAUAUCAAUCGGGAAUACAAGUUGGCAAACACAUUCAGUUGACAGAAUUGAGGAAAUCUGCUAUACACUUCAGUACAGCUUAAAUAUACAAGUUCACGUUUUUCAUUUGAACAGAAAAGUACAUUACAGUUGUUCAAGUGUUAUGGGACAACCAUCCUCUAUUUAUUUUACAUAACCUUAUCAAAUUAAGCCAUUAGAGGAGAGUUAGGUCUACAGCAUAUUUUCUUGUUUUUCUCAAGUUAGUAAAUUAAAAUAUUUCAAAGAACUCAAGUACACUGCAUUGAUUCCAAAGUCUCAUAAAGACAAGAACUCAUCAUGAUAGUUUUAACAUGAAAUCUCGAUUCAAAUGAAUAUUUUUUUUUGUGAUAUCACUAUGUCCCAUACGUUUUUAUGAUUCAUGUACAACCCUGCUGAUGUUCAACAAUGCACUUACACACUACAGGUUCCUACAGAUUUUCCUCAAAACAAUGCGCAUAUUAUCAUAUAACAUUACAUUCUCUCAUUAUUCAUUGAAAAUAAUCGUAAUAAAAAAAAUGUCUUACUACUUUAAAGUCAAUAUUCAAUAUGUUCUCCAGGGUGGACCAUUCUAGGUGAAAAUUGAUGUUCACUGGAUUCAAGCCAAAGAUGCAAAUCACAAAAUCUAAAACAGUACUGGUAACUGCUGCUUUAAAGGAUUUUAAGUCAUGUUCCAGGUUCAACAGAAAUUACGUUUUUUGUUUGUUCUUACAAAUUGUAAUUAAAUAAGUUCAAAUUAUUUUCUGAGUUAAGAGCUAAACAUGUAUUGAAACCAGAACAAUCCUUUAAAACCCACACAUUCAAAGAAGUGUUAUUACAGCUGUUAUGUUAUAUCGAGGAAAUGGCCUGUCUGGCAACUCGCACGUUUUGUUGGAUCAAAAGCUUAAAAUAUCAGAACUCAACAUCCAAAUGAAGACUUGUUUUAAACAAUGGCAAAUGUAUAGAUUUUCACCAGAACCUCUUUUUGAGACACGCACAGAUACUUUCUUUACAAAUGAUCUUUACAAUCAAAAGAAAACAUACACACAAUCAAAAGACAGGUUAAUUUGAAAACUGAUAACAAGACUUUAGAGCCCUUAGUUUCCUUUUUUUGAUGUAGGAAUUCACAUUUUAAAAACAAUCAAAUCUAAAGCUAUCCAGUUCAUUGCUAAACAUAUUG